GGAAGGAAAGACAUUAGACCUGCUGCAAGUUCUAAUGGGGAACUUUAUCCAUUUUCUUGCCAUGAUAGCCAUAUUUUAUCUUCUUUUUCCAGGCUCUGCUGCGGAGUUAAAUGGGUCUAGUAUAGUGGGUUCUGUCUUCAGAAACCCACAUGUACAGAAAUUCAAACUUAAAAUCUAGAGAAAAUAGGAGGAAAACUGUUCUCAUUACUAGAGAGCCCCUUUCUUAUAAAUUAACUCCAAAAUUUCUUUUAAAAACCGUACUGUAUUUUUUUUAAACAAAUACCACAAUCCAUUUACCUGGCUUAAAAUUCACACACCACAAAGGGAUUACUAUAAAGUUUCCUUCCACUCUCCCCACCCAAGGUCUCUCUCCCAUGUUAUUGUUAUCAGUUUUGUAGGUGUCCUUUUCUGUGAACUGUCUGUUCAUAUCCUUGCCCCAUUUUGCUACCAAAUUGUUAGUCUAUUUCUUAUUGUUUUAAGGGAAUUUUAUUCCACCCCUCCCCACCGAGGGCAAGCUUCUUUUAAGGUAUACCAUGGUUUUAUACCUGUAGACCUGUUAUCAGUUGCACUUAGGGAACACACUUACUGCCUCCCUGCUGACCUAGUUCACUGCCAUGCUAAGAAGAAAGCCCAGGGGAGCAAUCGCAGUGCCCACAGCCAGGACCACAGAGUCUGAGAAACAUAAAGUCUCCCCCGAAGUGCUUGCCAGGAAGCAUUCCCAGGGACAGCUAAGGGAAACCGCGCCCCGGAAUCAUCAUCAGAAUCUGAGACUGGCACGUCCCAAUGGCCCUCUCAUGAGGAUGGAAGGGUGGUACAUUGGCACUGUCGAACUCAGGGGCCUCCUGCCACUGGUGGCAGCUGAGCACCUGAAGUGUGACUGGGGAGUUAACUGUUGACUUUAUUUCAUGUUAACUAUUCUCAGUUUAAAUUUAGAUAGCUGCAUGUGGCUAGCGGCUGCUGUAUUGGACCGAACAGCCCUAGAGGGAGCUGAUCAGGAAGCGUUCUCCUUAUGCACACAUGUGAGAGAUUCCCAAGAGCACCUACAUAUGAAUGACAUUGCUGGAUUGAAAGACAUCCCUUUGAGGACCAGCCUCCCACCACCAUUCAGAAAUUAUAAAUAUGAUAAACUGAAGAUUGUUCAUCAAGCACAUAAAUCAAAGACAAAUGAACUUGUGUUGAGUUUGGAAGACGAUGACAGACUCCUGUUAGAAGAAGAUAGCACCCUGAAAGCAGCUGGAAUUGCCAGUGAAACUGAAAUUGCAUUCUUUUGUGAAGAAGACUAUAAGAACUACAAAGCUAAUCCCAUUUCAUCCUGGUGAAAACCUCACAGAGCUUUCUUUUUUGCAUACUUGUAUUAAGCUCUUUAUUCCACUAGUGAGUUUCUGAAGUUGACAAAUAAACUUAAAAAAAUUAAUCCCA